UGUCUCUUUAUAUUCUUACUCUAUGUUUACCGAUUUUUGUUUAUUUAUUUUCAUUAUUUUUGUUAAUUUAAACCUUCAAAUCCUCGAUUUAUGAAGGUAAUUUUGAUUUCCUUGGUUUCAUAUCUGUCCUGUUAAUGUUAUAUACAGGGUAAUUAAUCUAAUUAUAGCAAUGGGACUGGUCAGAAAUCAAUAGUGAGUUCUUGAGAAAAAUCUUGACACCCUUUUCUUUCAUCCGACUCUUGGUAUUUACAAUUUCAUUUAAUUGAACAAAUAGAUGAAACGACGACAAAAAACCUGUAACACAAAGUGUAAUUAAUAGCCUCAAUCAAUACAUCUGUAAUAACUGAAUCAACUGUGAGCUUCCGAAAUCUUUGUGAACAAGUGAUCCAUCAGCUGAAAAGGAAUAUCUCUAAAUCGAAGGCUGAGGACCCUUUCAUUUUUCCCUUAUCUUCAACUUGUUUCGUUUUUUUGGCUUCUCUAUUAAUCAAAGUCAAAUUAUUGUGAAUAGAUGUCUUCGUCAGAAAAAUCUAGGCCUUCCCAGUUACAACCAAUCUUCACUAGUAAGGCUCAUGUCUUCCACAUCGAUCCCCAAACAAAGCGAUCUUGGAUACCGGCGUCUUGUCAAGCUGUCAAUGUAUGUUUUUUUCAUGACCCAACGCUUAAUAUUUAUCGAAUUAUCUCGGUCGAAGAUAAUAAACCAGUUAUCAAUAGUACUGUUACUCCUAGGAUGACAUUUACUCAGACCAGUCAAAAAUUUGGUCAAUGGUCUGAUAUACGUGCAAAUACUGUUUAUGGUCUUGGAUUUGCAUCUGAAGCUGAAUUAAAUAAAUUUAUUGAAAAAUUUCAAGAAGUUAAAGAAGCAUCUCGAAGUUCGGCAAUUCAUAAAGGACAACAGAUCAAUGGUACACAUUCUGGUGAAAGUGGACCAAUUAUUUGUCCAAUGAGCAAAAGUCCGACACCUCAUCGAAGUACAACUGUUUCAUCAAGUACAGGUGAUCCAAUGAACGAAGAUAUUUUAAAUACUCAUGUAAAUGUUUCUGGUGCUGGUGAAUUGUCCUCUUUAAAUACAAACUCUUUGCCCAUUGAACAUAACGAAAUAAAUUCAUCUUCCGGUUCUCUUAGAGGAACUUUAGUUGCUCAUCAGCGAAGCCAAAGUUUAUCUGGAUUACAGGUUAACAAAUUGAUGAGCGAAUCUCCUAAACAUAGUGUUGCUGGGGCCAAAGAAAAGUUAGGCUCAACCAUAAUGCUUCCACAAUCUAGCACAGAAGCUCAACUGAAAUAUGAAAAUGAGAGAUUAAAAUUAGCCUUAGCUCAAAGCUCUGCGAAUGCGAAAAAAUGGGAAAUUGAGUUGCAAACAUUGAAAAACAACAAUGCAAGGCUGACCGGUGCUUUACAAGAGUCAACGGUUAACGUUGAAGAAUGGAAAAGACAAUUACAAUCAUUGAAGGAGGAAAAUGGUAAAAUGCGAAUUCGUAUUCUUGAAUUGGAAGCUAGUCAUGGUAAUCCUGAAGCACUUGAAGAAUUGAGCAAAGAAAUGAACAAUUUGCGGACAAGUGCUGCCUCAUUGGAUUCUGCAAUAAAACAAAAGGAUAAAGAGAUAGAGCUAUUAAAGAAAAGCUUAGAGUCUCAUGUACAAGUUUAUGGUGCCAGUCAAAAAGUGGAAGAUAAAUUGAAAUUACUGUUAACCGAGAAUGAAAACCUUCGAAGUCAAGUUAGCCAAUUGCAAGACCAUAGUGAUAUAUCUAAAUUCUCAGACAAUGCUCGAAAAGGAAUGUUGGAUCAGGUUAAUCUACGUUUGGGACAAAAUAUUCAAGAAUUACGAACAAUUCAUCAAGAAUUUAGUGCAUUGCUCAAUACCUCCUGAUUAUAUCCUUGUGAAUUAUACACCAUAGCAAACUCAAGCAACUCGCAUUAAUAUUAUGAUUAUUAUAUGAUUGCAUCGAACCUCUCAUUUUCGAUGCUUUCACAUAUUUCUUUUAAAGAUUUUUUUUCUUCUCUCAUCUUCCUCAUUUUCAUCAUAAUAUCAACUAUAAUCGAGGUAAAUCAUGAUCAAGAUUCUCAAUUCUCAACUAAACAAAAGUCGAGUAAACACUAUUACUAAUCUAUUAAAUUGACAAUUAGUUUUAGAUGUUUCUGUUUAUUUACACUUCUAUCUACAUUUUUGUUAGCCAUAAUAAUCAGUUCCUAUUAUGGAAAUAUCUUACAAUGUUUUUGCUUGUCUUGAAAGAUUUACCUGAAAUGUAAUGUAAUAACAAGACAAACAUUUUAUUAAAAAACAGAAAUUCGCUUUUUUA